AUGGCGAAGAUCAUCAUUGUUUACUACUCCAUGUAUGGACAUGUCAAGACCAUGGCUCAAAAGGUCAAGGAGGGCGUGGAUUCUGUUGGAUGUGCGGAAGCUGUAUUGUACCAAGUCCCCGAGACUCUUCCCGAGGAGGUUCUGAAGAAGAUGGGAGCUCCUCCCAAGGAUGCGGAUGUUCCCGUCAUCAAGGCUUCGGAUCUGGCAGAUGCCGAUGGAAUCAUCUUUGGCAUUCCAACUCGAUUUGGUAUGGCGGCAGCACAAAUGAAAGCCUUUAUGGAUUCCACCGGUGGACUCUGGCAAGGAGGAAAGCUCGCCGGAAAGCCUGCUGGAAUCUUCUUCUCCACCGGAACUCAGGGAGGAGGCCAAGAGACCACAGCCAUGACCUGGUUGACCCAAUUGGUUCACCACGGAAUGGUGUAUGUGCCCACUGGAUACCACACGCCCAAAAUGUUCCAAGUCGACACUCCCGAGGGAGGCAGUCCCUGGGGAGCAGGCACUUUUGCUGGCGCGGAUGGUUCUCGCAUGCCAUCGGAGUUUGAACUGGAGCGAGCCAAGCUCCAAGGAGAAGGAUUUGCCAAGGUUGCUUUGGCAUUGAAAUCCGCAGAUGCUUAG